AUGCCGCCGCCCUCUCUUCUCCCUCUCCUCCUCCUCCUAGUUGGUCUCCAUGGCACGGCCGCCGCCGGUGCUGUCUCCGAGGUGUCCGCCCUCAUGGCCUUCAAGAACUCCCUCACCAUCCCUCCCACCGCCGCCAACUUCUUCUCCAGGUGGGACGCCGCCGCGGCCUCCCCCUGCAACUUCACCGGCGUCGACUGCGGCAAUUCCGGCGGCUCCUCCGUCACUGCCGUCGCCGUAGACGGUCUGGGAGUCGGUGCUACGUCCGUCCCGUUCGACGUUCUAUGUGGCUCGCUGCCUUCGCUCGUGAGGCUCUCCCUGGCGUCGAACGCGUUCGCCGGUGGGAUCGACGGCGUGGUGCGGUGCACCGGCCUCGAGGUGCUCGACCUCGCGUUCAACAUCUUCUCCGGCCCCGUGCCGGACCUCUCGCCGCUCACCAAGCUGCAGAGGCUCAACGUGUCGCAGAACAGCUUCACCGGCGCCUUCCCCUGGGCCGCGCUGGCUUCCAUGCCCGACCUCGUCGUGCUCGCUGCCGGCGACAAUGGGUUCUUCGAGCCCACGGAGGUUUUCCCGCCUCAGAUCACCGCGCUCACCAACCUCACCGUGCUCUACCUCUCUGCGGCCAGCAUCGGCGGCGUCAUCCCGCCUGAAAUCGGCAGCCUCGUCAAGCUCGUCGACCUUGAGCUCUCCGACAACAUGCUCACCGGCGAGAUACCGCCGGAGAUCACCAAGCUCACCAACCUCAUGCAGCUCGAGCUGUACAACAACUCCCUCCACGGCGAGCUCCCUCCGGGGUUCGGGAAGCUGUCUAAGCUCCAGUUCUUCGACGCGUCCAUGAACCAGCUCACCGGUGACCUCUCCGAGCUCCGAUCGCUCACGCAGCUCGUGUCGCUGCAGCUGUUCUACAACGGCUUCACCGGCAACGUGCCGCCGGAGUUCGGCGACUUCAAGGAGCUCGUGAACCUGUCCCUGUACAACAACAACCUCACCGGCGAGCUGCCGCAGAAUCUCGGUAGCUGGGCGGAGUUCAACUUCAUCGACGUGUCGACCAACGCGCUGUCCGGCCCGAUCCCGCCGUACAUGUGCAAGCGCGGCACGAUGAGCAUGCUGCUCAUGCUGGAGAACAAAUUCUCCGGCGAAAUUCCGGCCACCUACGCCAACUGCACGACGCUCAGGAGGUUUAGGGUGAACAAGAAUUCCAUGUCCGGCGACGUGCCCGACGGGUUGUGGGCGCUCCCCAACGUCGACAUCAUGGACCUCGCCGAGAACCAGUUCACCGGCGGAAUCAGCGACGGCAUCGGGAAGGCCGCAUCGCUGGGCAGCCUCAACCUGGCCGGGAAUAGGUUCUCCGGCGCGAUACCGCCGUCGAUAGGCGACGCCAGCAACCUCGAGAUAAUUGACAUUUCGUCGAACGGGUUCUCUGGCGAGAUCCCGGCGAGCAUCGGGAGGCUGGCACGUCUCGGCAGCUUGAGCAUUGCUAGGAAUGCAAUCAGCGGGCCAAUUCCGGCGAGCCUCGGCACGUGCUUGUCGCUCAAUACGGUCAAUUUCACUGGGAACAAGCUCGCCGGCGCCAUCCCGUCGGAGCUGGGCAGCCUGCCGCGGCUGAAUUCUUUGGACGUGUCCGGGAAUGACCUCUCCGGUGCUGUGCCGGCGAGCCUCGCGGCGCUGAAGCUGAGCAACCUGAACCUGUCCGACAACCAGCUCGUCGGGCCCUUGCCGGAGCCGCUCGCCAUCCCAGCCUACAGCGAGAGCUUCAGAGGGAACCCCGGGCUGUGCGCCACCAACAGAGUGGACUUCCUCCGCCGCUGUUCGCCAGGAGCGGGAGGCCGCUCGGCGGGCACCGCGCGCACCGUCGUCACCUGUCUUCUCGCUGGCCUCGCCGUCGUGCUUGCCGCGCUAGGCGCGGUGAUGUACAUCACGAAGCGCCGCCGCGCGGAGGCGGAGGCGGCCAUGGCGAGAGGCUCCGGUGGGAAGGUAUUCGGCAAGAAGGGGUCGUGGGACCUCAAGUCGUUCCGGGUCCUGGCGUUCGACGAGCACGAGGUGAUCGACGGCGUCCGGGACGAGAACCUCAUCGGCAGUGGCGGGUCCGGGAACGUGUACCGCGUCAAGCUCGGGAGCGGCGGCGUCGUCGCGGUGAAGCACAUCACCCGCGCGCGCGCCGCCGGGGCGGCGAGCACGGCGCCCUCGGCCGCCAUGCUGCGUUUGCCGUCGGCGGCGCGGCGCACGGCGUCGGUGCGGUGCCGAGAGUUCGACUCGGAGGUGGGGACGCUGAGCUCGAUCCGGCACGUGAACGUGGUGAAGCUCCUGUGCAGCAUCACCAGCGAGGACGGCGCGGCGAGCCUGCUGGUGUACGAGCACCUCCCCAACGGCAGCCUCUACGAGCGGCUGCACGGGCCGGAGGGACGCAAGCUCGGCGGCCUCGGGUGGCCGGAGCGCUACGACAUUGCCGUCGGCGCCGCCCGUGGGCUGGAGUACCUCCACCACGGCUGCGACCGCCCCAUCCUCCACCGCGACGUCAAGUCCAGCAACAUCCUCCUCGACGAGUCGUUCAAGCCCCGCAUCGCCGACUUCGGCCUCGCCAAGAUCCUCGACGGUGCCGCCACGGCGGACACCACCCCGGGCGUCGUCGCCGGCACGCUCGGGUACAUGGCCCCCGAGUACGCCUACACAUGGAAGGUGACGGAGAAGAGCGACGUGUACAGCUUCGGCGUGGUGCUGCUGGAGCUGGUGACGGGGCGGACGCCGAUCAUGGCGGAGCGCGGCGGCGAGAGCAUAGACAUCGUGGACUGGGUGGCUCGCCGGCUGGACAGCCGUGACAAGGUGGUGUCCCUCCUCGACGCCGGCAUCGGCGAGGAAUGGGCGAGAGAGGAGGCCGUCAGGGUGCUACGCGUGGCCGUGCUGUGCACCAGCAGGACGCCGUCGAUGAGGCCGUCGAUGCGCUCCGUCGUGCAGAUGCUCGAGGCGGCGGCGAUCGGCCGGGAAUUCACCACGCUCACUUCGGUGAAGGUGAAGAUGAUCCAGUAG